AUCCUGUGGGGUACAGUGCAGUAUCACACAACACUUUUACAGUAUGAUCUGAUCAGAUCUGGUGGUGUCUCUUCUCCCCUAUUCUUUAUUUUCUUUAAAGUAGACCAUAUCCAUAGCUCUGACAUGAAUGUCCAUAUUAAAUUUUUUUCUCUUGCAGGUGAAAUGAGUUCUUCGGUGAGGCGGAAAGGCAAGCCAGGCAAAGGAAGCGGGAAAGGCUCUUCCAAAGGAGGAAGAGGAGGCCGAGGCCACCCUAGUAAAUCUCAUGGCAGCAGUGGCGGGGGCAGUGGGGGCGGAGGAGGCGGCAACCGAAAGGCUUCCAGUAGGAUGUGGGAUGAUGGAGAUGAUUUUUGUGUCUUCGGUGAAUCAAGGCGCCCAUCCAGACCUAGCAACAGUAGCAUUAGCAAAGGAGAGCCACUCCCCAAAUGGAAGCCCCAAGCCAAAGUCCCCCUGCAGACUCUGCAGAUGACUUCUGAGAAUCAAGAGAAAGUGAAAGCUCUUCUCCGAGACCUGCAGGAACAAGAUGCAGACGCUGGAUCUGAAAAAGGCUUUUCUGGGGAGGAGGUGGACGAUGAGCCCGACUGCUGUGACGAGGAGCGCUACUGGCCAGCUGGACAAGAGCCCUCCCUCAUUCCGGACUUGGAGCCUUCGGACUGUGCCGGCCCAGCCCCAGGGGAGCCUCCCGCCGCUGACUUUGCAGUCUCACCCUUUGCAGUGCAGAAACUUUGCAGGUAUGGUUUCGACCUGGAACGCUGCCAGGCAGCCCUGAGGGUUUGUGAUGGCGAUCUGGGGGCAUCCCUCGAGCUGCUGCUCACCCAGUGCUUCUCCGACACGUUUGGAGAGAGGAUGAAGACCUCCACGGCAGCAGAGCUGAUAAGCCUGGACCAGUGUGUGGAGCAGCGGCAGGAAGAGGCCUUCGCCCUCAGGUCAAUCUGUGGAGACAGAUUCGUAGAAAGGAUUCACAACAGAGUCUGGACCAUUGGAUUAGAUCUGGAAUAUUUGACAAGUAAAUUCUGUCAGUCCAAGCAAAAGGAAAGUGCCAAAAAUGUGCCAGAGAUUUCACCUGAAACCUGUAAAUUUUACCUCAAAGGAAAUUGUAAAUUUGGAUCCAGAUGCAAAUUCAAGCAUGAAGUGCCCCCAAAUCAAAUGGUUGGAAGAGCAGAAAGAAUUGUAGAUGAUUCUCAUCUUAAUGCUAAUGAAGAUGCAUCCUUUUUGUAUGAACUUGAAAUUCGAUUUUCUAAAAACCACAAAUACCCCUAUGAAGCUCCCCUUGUGGCAUUUUACUCCACCAAUGAGAAUCUACCUCCGGCCUGUCGUUUAAAUAUUUCUGAGUUCCUUUAUGACAAGGCCUUGACAUAUGCAGAAACUUCAGAACCUGUGGUAUAUUCCUUAAUAACCCUUUUACAAGAAGAAUCGGAAAUUGUCAAGUUACUAACACAUACUCACCACAAGUAUAGUGUCCCUCCUGUGAAUUUUCUGCCAGUACCCUCUCGGACCCGAGCAAAUAAUCCUGCCUGUCGUAAACCAGUGAUCCCAAAUCAUUCUUCUGUUUCAAAUCCAAGUCCAGAAGUUGAAAAAGAAUCAGAACCCGAGGAGGAGGCAGAUGAGGAUGAAGGUCCUGCACCAGUUAUGGUGGAGAAGGAAAGCUAUGUGAACCUUAAGAAAAAGAUUUCCAAAAGAUAUGACUGGCAGGCAAAGUCAGUACAUGCUGAAAAUGCUAAAAUCUGCAAGCAAUUCCAAAUCAAACAGGCUUCCAGACAGUUCCUGUCAAUUCUACAAGAAAGACAAUCACUCCCUGCUUGGGAAGAAAGAGAGAACAUUCUCAAAUUGUUGAGCAAGCACCAAGUGGUUGUCAUAAGUGGUAUGACUGGAUGUGGGAAGACCACACAGAUUCCUCAGUUUAUUCUGGACGAUUCUCUGAAUGGACCACCUGAAAAAGUAGCUAACAUCAUUUGUACCCAGCCCCGACGAAUCUCGGCCAUCUCUGUUGCUGAACGUGUUGCUAAAGAAAGAACAGAAAGAGUGGGUCUGACGGUGGGAUACCAGAUUCGGCUAGAAAGUGUCAAGUCCUCAGCCACCAGACUGCUGUACUGCACCACGGGAGUGCUGCUGCGAAGGCUCGAAGGCGACGCAGCUUUACAGGGAGUCACCCAUGUCAUUGUGGAUGAAGUUCAUGAGCGAACAGAAGAAAGUGACUUCCUGCUGCUGGUUUUAAAGGACAUUAUGCCACAGAGACCAACUCUAAAGGUUAUUCUAAUGAGCGCAACUUUAAAUGCGGAGCUGUUUUCAGAAUACUUUAAUUCCUGCCCAGUUAUCACUAUACCAGGUCGUACAUUUCCUGUUGAUCAGUUUUUUCUGGAAGAUGCAAUUGCUGUGACAAGGUACGUGCUGCAGGACAGGAGCCCUUACACGCGCUCCGUGAAGCAGCUGUCCAAGGAGCAGCUUAAAGCCAGGCGCAACCGAACUGCAUUUGAAGAAGUGGAGGAAGAUCUGAGGCUUUCCCUCUACCUGGAGGACCCGGAUUCUAUCAAAGACACAGUGCCAGAUCAGCAGCUAGAUUUUAAGCAGCUCCAGACCCGCUACAAAGGAGUUAGCAACUCAGUCAUCAAAACUCUGUCCAUCAUGGAUUUUGACAAGGUUAAUCUUGAACUAAUAGAGGCCUUACUCGAGUGGAUUGUGGAUGGAAAGCACUCCUACCCUCCAGGCGCUAUACUCGUAUUUUUACCAGGACUAGCAGAAAUCAAAAUGCUUUAUGAACAGCUGCAAUGUAACUCUCUUUUCAACAACAGACGAAGUAAGCGAUGUAUUAUUCACCCACUUCAUUCAUCUUUGUCAAGUGAAGAACAGCCGGCUGUGUUUACUAAGCCUCCUGUAGGCGUCACUAAGAUUAUCAUUUCCACCAACAUUGCUGAGACCUCCAUAACCAUCGAUGACGUCGUCUAUGUCAUUGACUGCGGGAAAAUGAAAGAAAAAAGAUAUGAUGCCAGCAAAGGGAUGGAAAGUCUAGAGGACACAUUUGUAUCUCAGGCCAAUGCUCUGCAAAGGAAGGGCCGGGCAGGCCGUGUUGCGUCUGGGGUCUGCUUCCAUUUAUUCACCAGCCAUCACUACACUCACCAGCUUUUAAAGCAGCAGCUGCCGGAAAUACAAAGAGUGCCAUUGGAACAGCUGUGCCUAAGAAUUAAGAUUUUAGAGAUGUAUAACACCCACAGUCUCCAAUCCGUGUUCUCUCGGCUCAUCGAACCUCCGCACGCUGAUUCUGUUCAUGCCUCCAAGAUCCGACUACAGGACCUGGGAGCGCUGACCGCAGAUGAGCAGCUGACUCCCCUGGGCUAUCACCUGGCCUCUCUGCCCGUGGACGUGAGAAUCGGCAAGCUCAUGCUGUUCGGCUCCAUCUUCCGCUGUCUGGAUCCUGCUCUCACCAUCGCCGCCAGCUUGGCCCAUAAGUCUCCUUUCGUGUCUCCCUGGGAUAAGAAAGAGGAGGCUAACCAGAAGAAGCUGGACUUCGCCUUCGCCAACAGUGACUACCUGGCCCUCCUGCGAGCUUAUAAGGGAUGGCGGCUAAGUACAAAAGAAGGCAUGCAUGCCAGUUACACCUACUGCAGACAGAACUUCCUGUCGGGCCGAGUUCUGCAGGAAAUGGCCAGCCUCAAACGGCAAUUCACCGAACUGUUAUCGGAUAUAGGGUUUGUAAAGGAGGGACUCCGAGCACGAGAAAUUGAGAAAAGGGCUCAAGGAGGAGACGGUGUCCUGGACGCCACGGGGGAAGAGGCGAACUCGAACGCGGAGAACCACAAGCUGAUAUCCGCAGUGCUGUGUGCUGCUCUGUAUCCGAACGUAGUCCAGGUGAAAGCCCCAGAAGGGAAGUUUCAGCAGACCAGAACUGGAGCUGUCCGAAUGCAACCCAAAUCCGCCGAGCUGAAGUUUGUCACCAAGAAUGACGGCUACGUGCAUAUCCACCCUUCGUCGGUGAACUACCAGGUCAGACACUUCGACAGCCCUUACCUGCUGUACCAUGAGAAGAUCAAAACCAGCCGGGUGUUCAUCCGAGACUGCAGCAUGGUGUCUGUGUACCCACUGGUCCUGUUCGGAGGCGGCCAGGUGAACGUGAGGCUGCAAAAGGGAGAGUUCGUGGUCUCCUUGGAUGACGGCUGGAUCCGUUUCGUAGCUGCUUCCCAUCAGGUGGCUGAAUUAGUAAAAGAACUUCGUGGUGAACUUGACCAGCUCCUCCAGGAUAAGAUUAAAAACCCCAGCAUAGACCUGUGCUCGUGUCCCCGAGGUUCGCGCAUCAUCAACACGAUUGUGAAGCUGGUCACCACCCAGUGAGAGCAGUCCCGGGACAUGGCUUAUCCCUCUCCCGCAAGUCACAGCAGCACCUCCACCUCCAGCUGCAGGCCCGUGCUGGGGCCCAGCGCACAGUGCAGCGUCCCCCAAGGCACCAGCCACCCCGGCACGUUCCCAGGCGCCGUCUGACCAAGGCGUGGGCUCUCCCGGCACAAUUUGGAAUGUCCAUGGUCAGGGAGCCUAAAACCCAGCCUGCCUUUCUGCUUUCCUCGUGACUGUUCCAGAGUGAAUGAAAUUCACCUGAUAGCCCAAAAAGGAAUGUUUAAUACAAUCCUGUUCUAAUCUAUAUCAUCUUUUCUCCUAUUUUUUAUUGGGCAUGAAGAGAAAUACUUAUUUGUUUUUUAUGUAACAAAUUACAACUGAGAGAUCUGAACAGAAGAUUUUUUAAAAAAUCAUGUGAGCAAGAAGAAUUAAAAUUUCAUUUUAGGCUACUGGCCACUGAAGCACACUUGACUGGGGUUAUCUUUACUCAUGAAGAUCAGCUUAGAAAAAUAGUUGUGUUUGGUUUUUUGCUUUAUUUUUUAGAAAAACAGUUUUUAAUGAAUCAUUUCCAUAUUAAAAUAGAGUCUGGCCUUAUCCAUAACCUUCUGUUAAAAGCAGAGGAGGCGCCAACUUUGUGGCAAAGUAGGUUAAGCCACCACCUGUAGCCCUGGCAUUCCAUGUGGGUUCUAGCUCAAGU